AUAAGAGGAGGGAGAUCUAGAAUCCCUCUCACACACCCACACUCACACACACACUAGUUUCUCUCUCUCACUCACUUCCUUCCAUCCUCUCCGUUACUCGGAAAGAGAAGACGCGGUUUGAAAAAUUCUACAAUUUUCUCUAACUAGGGUUUGCAAAUACAAAUACAAAGGAAUCGAUGUCGCUUCACUUCUGCAGAAAAAAUUAGAGCCGACAGUUCGACAAUUUAUAAAAGAGGAAUUUGAGAAGCAGCUGAAAUAUUUGAGGAAUGGAAAAUGCUCUUCUGGUGUUAGCAGCUCUUCUGGUGUUGGUAUCUCUUCUGAAUCAAGAUACUUGGAAUUACAUUUCUCAUGUAAUGUUUUGGAAAUAGUAUGGACAGCAGAAUCCAUAAAAGGUGAAGGGAAUAGCUCCAUUUUAGUAACUUUAUGUGAUCCUCUUACUGGCAAAGUUGUCAAGUUCGGACCAGAAGCCUCAGCCAAAGUGGAAAUAUUUAUCCUAAAAGGGAGCUUUGAGAGUGAUGAUUGGACAGAAGAAGAGUUCAGUCAAAAUAUUAUAAGGGAAAUGAAUGGGAAAAAAAUCCUCAAGGGCAAUGCUUGUCUUCAACUAAAAGAAGGAAUAGGAGCCUUAGACGAUCUCUCUAUUCUGCAUAAUAAGAUUUGGAAGCGGGUAACUAAGCUAAGGCUUGGAGCAAGACUCAUGGAUAGUUUUCAAAAUAUCAGAGUAAAAGAAGCAAAGACACAAACUUUCACUAUGAAAGACAAAAGGAUGAAAGCUGAUAUGGUGAAGGGCGCAGUAGUAGUAUCUCUUAUGGAUAAUGUAUGGUGCCUAAAAAACAUUGGACAACAUAGACCUAUUGUUGACCGUUUGACGGAAAGAGGCAUAAAAACUAUAAAAGAUUUUCUGAGUCUAUAUUUUGUGCACUCUGAAGAGCUCAUGGAGAUUCUUGGGCGUGUCUGGACUGAAAGGAAAUUGAAGGCAACGAUAGAUCAUUGUCUUAAAUGCAAGAAGCUUGAGAAAAGGUACUUGGCCCCACACCCAAAUGAUUCUGAGGAGAACUAUGGAGUAGUUUAUACGGAGGUAUUUAAUGUUUUGGGGAUCUUCAAGGGAAGCCAAUUCAUUCCUUUUGAUAAGCUCUCUGAAACACUUAAGUGUAAUGCACGCAACCGUGUCAAAGAUGCUUUUGAUAACAAGGAAGAAGAGGCAGUUGUCUGGGAUGAAACUAUAUAUCCUCUAGUUUCACCUACUGCUAUAACUUGUGCUUCUUCUAAUGAACCUUUUACUUCUUAUUCCAUGAUGGAUGAUGAUGUUGCUUCUGGAGCAACAAUUGGAACUGAAGCUAUAUAUCCUCUAGUUUCACCUACUGCUAUAACUCGUGCUUCUUCUAAUGAACCUUUUUCUUCUUAUUCCAUGAUGGAUGAUGAUGUUGCUUCUGGAGCAACAAUUGGAACUGAAGCUAUAUAUCCUCUAGUUUCACCUACUGCUAUAACUUGUGCUUCUUCUAAUGAACCUUUUUCUUCUUAUUCCAUGAUGGAUGAUGAUGUUGCUUCUGAAGCAACAAUUGGAACUGAUGUCUUCAGUUGGGGAGAGGAAGGUGAAGUAGAUAGAAAUGCUUCAGUUUCAUAUGGCUUGGAAAAUGGACAUGAUCCUACUACAGGGGGGGAAAUCUUCUCCUCUGAUGACCAUGGGUAUGCAAUGUUCGAAAAUGAUCCCAAUAAUAUCCUUCUGCUACCAAUCAUGAUGAAUAUGAUUGGAUCUAAUUGGAAUUGUGUCAUUCGAAUACCAUCAUUUAAUAACGAGGAUCAACUUUAUCUUUAGUAGUGGACCGCAAUGCCCAUUAAAUAGCUGAGCCGGUGAUAGCUAGUUCAUGGGUUUUCCUACAAAAUCCAGGUAUCCAUCACAUGGAGCUCCUUCGUUUUUCGGUAGAAAUUCACUUGGUUGAUUGAAACAAUUGAUUUAUGCACACAAAAAAAUGAUUCUGUACUUAUGGAAUUCAUAUUUUAUAAUUUUCACUGUAAUGUACACUUGGAGCUUGUUUGAUGUUGGUCAU